AUGGAUAUUAAUUGCAAAGCAGAUCCGUUCUCGGCGAUGCACCGGCAGGGGGGAGUAAACCAACUAGGCGGGGUGUUUGUUAAUGGAAGACCCUUACCUGAUGUCGUGAGGCAAAGAAUAGUAGAGCUCGCGCACCAGGGAGUCAGGCCCUGUGACAUCUCGAGACAACUACGGGUCAGCCAUGGCUGUGUCAGCAAAAUUCUGGGCAGAUACUACGAGACCGGAAGUAUUAAACCUGGAGUUAUUGGUGGAUCCAAACCUAAGGUCGCGACUCCAAAAAUUGUGGAUAAAAUUGCGGAAUACAAGCGUCAAAAUCCCACCAUGUUCGCGUGGGAGAUCAGAGACAGGCUGCUUGCGGAAGGGGUCUGCGACAACGACACAGUCCCCAGUGUUUCAUCCAUCAACAGGAUUAUUCGAACCAAAGUGCAGCAGCCUUUUCAUCUCUCUCCUGAUGGAGCAGGAACAUCUCUCUCCAUACCUGGCAACACUAUUGUGCCCAGCAUGACCUCCCCUCCUGUCUCCAGUGCCUCCACUGACCCUGUGGGCUCCUACUCCAUCAAUGGUAUUCUGGGUAUCCCUCACUUCAAUGGUGAAAAGAGGAAACGAGACAAUGAUGGUUCUGACAGCUCUGGCCGAAACAGUGUUUCUCAGGGUAGUGUGGACAGUUUGCGGAAGCAGCGGAAGGCAGAGGCCUUCAUGCAGCAGCAGCUGGAGGCUCUGGACUGUGUCUUUGAGCGUCCGUGCUACCCCAACAUCUUCCCCACGCCAGAGCACAUCAAGCCAGAGCAGGCUAAUGAAUACCCACUGCCAGCACUGAACCCCGGACCGGAGGAGGUCAAGCCCAGUCUGUCAGCCAAUGGCGGCUCAGACGUAGGCCCCAGUGUGUCACAAAGCUACCCUGUAGUGACAGGUAAGACCUGUGCUCAACAUCCAUGCAGGAGUGAGUUCGCAGGGAGUCCAUACUCCCACCCACAGUGUACCACCUACAAUGAAGCCUGGAGAUUCAGCAACCAGCCUUACUGAGUUCCCCUCAUUAUUUCAGCCCUGCUACCAGGGGCUCAGCCCUGCCC